AUGGAAUCCUCAGAGUUUAGGCUUAAUGUGUCGGAAAUGAAUCAGUCAGACAUUGAUAAGUUCCUGAUGGAGAAGUUAAAAUGGCUAGAGCGCAUGCGACCCAAGGAAUUCCAAGAAAUAGUCGAAAGGCUCUCAACCCGCGCAUCCAAUGUCUUUUUAUGGGCGGACCUUGUUGUGGAGCACAUGGGAAAGCAAGAUGUUGGACGCUGGAGCGAUUUCCUUGUCAAUGACGCCGGACUAAGCCUCAACGAACAGAUCGCAACGAACCCUCUAGCGAAGUUCCAUCUUCGCAUCUUCGGACUAUGUAUGCGCACAAUUGGAUACCGAGUAGAUAGUCGGGAUGCUACCGGGUUCCUACCUUAUGCUGCGCAGUUUUGGAUGACGCACGCCAGAGAGGGUGACGAAUGUAUCGACGAAAACUUCCAACUUCCAAGUGCACUCAGCGAUUGUGAUAGUUACGACGCGGGAAGGGUUCUUAAGUUUUUCAAGAAAUUUGACUCUUAUGAUCAUUAUAAGCACUACAAUUACAGAGAAGAAGUCCCCAACAGCGUUUGGCUUGAGUCAGAAGACAGCUUGAUCGUGUUUCUCGCGUUCGAAGGCUGCAACAAGCUCGUUUCUCGCCAUCUGAAAACUUGUCGAAAAUGCCAAUCACCCAACGAGUAUGGGGUAUCUGGCCUCGAAAAGGCGUUCUUCCUGGCUGCAUACCGCGGUUUCACGUCCACCGCCAAGGUAAUUCUAGAAGCCGCUACCGCUUCCGGGGUGAGCGUCGACGUCGACGCGGUGAUCGGCGGCACGACAGUCUUGUACGCGGCGUGCCUUAAAGGGAAGACGACAACCGUCGAGUUCCUCCUAAAGCAUGGGUCCAGCGUUUCCAAAAGCCUGUGCCAACCGUACCAGUUUGCUCUUCAUGCCGCGGCCGCUCACGACGAUGAGAGCGUCGUUGACGCCAUUCUGAGGCACGAACACGAUUGCGGGUCUGAUAUUGAAAGGUUGCUCUCAGCGAAGACUGUUGCUGGGUACACCGUGUUCCAUCAGGUCGUCCUAGAGGCCGCUGAGGGAAAGGACUAA